UCAUGUAAUAAAGUCAAAUGCUAUAAUGGUGGAACGUGUGUUAACAACAGUAUAGACCGGUUUUACUGUCGGUGUCGAGGUUCUUAUACAGGAAUAUUGUGCCAAGUUCAGUAUUGUGAUCUAAAACCCUGUGACCAAGGAACCUGCCUGCUGGAUACAGUUAAUUCAAACUAUAAAUGUGAAUGCCAUCAUGGUUUCUGGGGUACAAGAUGUACCAUGAACUCUAUUCUGUGUUCCAGCAAUCGUUGUAGUGGUAACGGACAAUGCACUGGCAGU